AUGGACUUUGGCGCAAUUCACCCCGUGAAGAAACUUGCAUCGUACUCCAUGAGCAUCCACCAUCUGUCAACGGGAGGGAGUACGCGGCCUCGGAACAUGCGGUGGAACGCCUGCCGCCUGGAUCUCCGGGACCCUCUUUCGAGUCAUUUUGGCGCCAGGGAAUUGGUAAGCGGCACAUUAUCCUGGCAUGUGUCGACGAUCCGGUACAACUGA